UCAAUAUGGCGAAGUUUAUCUAAAUAGCUAGGCAGAUUAUUUUGUGCAAAAUUGUUUAGUUAAUAAUUAUUCAAAUGAUACGUAUAUUUUAACGAUUUUACAAGUGAAGUGUCGCGGUAUGUUUCCGCUUACGCCUCCUGUAGUGAAGAGACUUUUGGGGUGGAAGAAAGGUCCUGAGGGAUCAUCUGCAGCUGAAGAUAAAUGGUCAGAAAAAGCAGUAAAGAGUUUAGUCAAGAAAUUAAAAAAGACUGGAGCUAUUGAAGAACUUGAAAAAGCUAUCUCAAGUCAAAAUAGUCAUACCAAGUGUGUUACGAUCCCCAGAGUGAAGCCAAAUGACAACGUGAUAAACGGACAGUACAGAAAGGGGCUCCCGCAUGUCGUCUACUGCAGGCUCUGGCGCUGGCCGCAGCUGCAGAGCCAGCAUGAACUAAAACCAGUUGACCACUGCGAGUAUGCGUACCAACUGAAGAAGGACGAAGUGUGCAUCAACCCUUAUCAUUACAAUAAGAUUGACCCACCAGCGCUGCCAGCCAUCUUGGUGCCCCGCUGCGAAGGGGAACUCCGCGCGCCGCCGCCCUACACAGACUACACUCAUCACGACACUGACGACCUGAUGCAGUCUGGCGGCGUGGUGGGCGCCCAUAGCGCGAUGUACCUAGAGGCCACUCUGGGCCAGCAAGUGCCUGGGAACACUACUAUCAGGCUGAGCGCCUCGACGGUGGAGACUCCGCCCCCCGGCUACAUCAGCGAGGAUGGCGACCCGAUGGACCACAAUGACAACAUGAACCUGACCCGGCUGACCCCCCCGCCGGGCGCGGGGGCGGCGGGGGCGGCGCCCGUGCUGUACCACGAGCCCGCGUUCUGGUGCAGCAUCAGCUACUACGAGCUCAACACGCGCGUGGGCGAGACCUUCCACGCCAGCCAGCCCUCCAUCACCGUGGACGGGUUCACAGACCCUAGCAACAGCGAGAGAUUUUGUCUCGGUCUACUGUCUAAUGUGAACAGGAAUGAAGUUGUGGAGCAAACCCGCCGGCACAUUGGUAAAGGCGUCAGACUUUACUAUAUUGGAGGCGAGGUGUUCGCGGAGUGCCUCAGCGACUCGUCAAUAUUCGUGCAGAGUCCCAAUUGCAACCAGCGGUACGGGUGGCAUCCUGCCACUGUCUGCAAGAUACCUCCAGGAUGCAACCUGAAAAUCUUCAACAAUCAAGAAUUCGCGGCGCUACUAUCGCAGUCGGUGUCUCAGGGAUUCGAAGCCGUGUUCCAGCUGACCAGAAUGUGCACUAUACGCAUGAGCUUUGUCAAGGGCUGGGGCGCUGAAUACAGACGACAAACAGUGACGUCCACCCCGUGCUGGAUAGAGCUGCACCUGAACGGGCCGCUGCAGUGGCUGGACCGGGUGCUCACUCAGAUGGGCUCACCGCGCCUACCUUGUUCCUCUAUGUCAUAAACGGACAUCAGUGGGCCACAAUCACUCCGGUCAGUGAGUCACCAAUUACCUCCAGGGAAUUCUUAGACAUUACAUAAAAGUAUGAGAAAAAGCUGUAUAUUUGGUAACUAAUGCUAGAAGGCUGAUAACGUGUGUUAAGGCCGACGAAAGGAACUUAUAAUCAUACAUACAUUCAUAUAGUAAGGUCUGUAUCCCUUGCGGGGUAGACAGAGCCGACAGACUUGAAGGCUGAAAGGCCACGUUUGGCUGUGUUAUGUGAUUGAGAUUAUGAACAAAGUGUAAGAAAAUUCUUAAAGCUGUAAAUUUUUAAUUCUUAUACCUUGAUCGAAUUUUGUUCUGGUGAGAGGUCGGGUCGGGAGACUGACUAUCUUCAACCAAUGGGCUUGCACAAAAAGAUUCCUCAACCUUCUACCAAAAGUUACCAAAGAAUACUGUUAUCUCAUGAAGUAUAAUAUACAAUUAAGUGUUGCCAGUAAGAAUACAUUUUUCAUACAACGUAGGGUCGCUCUCAGUUUUGUAAAGGUAUGUUAUAUUUAAAUGGUUUUUUUUGUAGAUUUUCAUAACUAUUUUUAUUAAAUUUCAGCCAAUUAAACGCACGAAGAUUUUUUUUUUUUUGUAUGAUUUGUAUUUUUAUUUUCUUAUAAUUUUUUUAAAUGCAGACACCAUAUUUACAAGAAAUAUGUGUUAUUAACUCUCUUUGGCAAAAAUAUUUUUUUUAAUCAUUUGCAUACAAAGCAAAACUAAGUUGUAUGAGAAAUACUAAGAUUAAGAAACAUAAUUAUGUUAAAAUUGGCACAUUAUUACAUUUCCAAAAACUUUAAAUAUUGAAGUGCAUAGUUCCCUAAUGGUUUAUGUAUCCGUUAUCCGAAACACGAUGUGUUUUUUUUUUUAUAUUACGACGUUAAAAUAUUUUUUAUGUUAAUCUGUAUCUAUAGUUUUUUUUUAUAUAUUUUUAUUUUUAACAACAAUUUCACUACAUACGGGGGAAAUUAAUCCGUAUUUUUUAUAUAAAUGAAUCAGUUCAUACAAGUUUAUUUAUUUAUAUGUUGAUAAAAUACAUAUUUUGUAUAAAAAAUUUUACCACCAAUUUAAAAAAUAUAUAUAAUGUCUAAAUCUAUUGAUUUUGAUAAUCUUGCAUCAAUCACUCUGUUUAUUAUAUUAAAAUCAGUCACAGUUUCAAAGAAGCGCGCUGGUCGCGUGAUUUGAAAUGAAAUGUAUAUGUUUACAGGUUCAAUUUACAUUUUAAAGUGACCGGGAAUCGAACCCAGAACUUCUAACGUAAGAACCUGGCACUUAUAACCACUAUGCCACAGUGGUAAAAGUAGUUAAGAGCACAAGUAAACCUUAUACGAGAAAAUAAUGUGUUUAAAUAUUUUCUUAAUAUGUAGAUGAGUGAGUUUAGAAUGUCGAUAUGGGAAUGGAAUGGAAUAGAAAAAAAAGGAAGUUAAAAUACGAAAAGAAACUGUUUAUGUAUGAAUGUGUGUAUCUUUUCGGAAAAAUGUUUAAAAAAUAUGAAUAACAACCAAAAAAUCAUUUAAAAAAUUCAAUAUCAGAAGUUAAAUGAUCUCAUAGUGUUGCAGUUUAAAAAAAAUGAUUUACAAACUAAUUGCAAUCACUUGGAUUUAUAAAAAAAAUGUCUUCCAAAUAUUUUUUUUCGGACGGUAUAUAGGUAUUUUCUAUGAACCUACUAAGUGGGUAUGAUACAAUCAUUGAUGAAACUUAUUAAAAAUUGUUAAUGACACAUUCAUAUUGGAGAAUUGUUAUAUCAGGAAUGGUGCUAAAGACUGUAUAUGAUUGAAGUGAUAGUAUUUAAGGUUGGUUUUCCAAUAAUUUAUAGUUGUCCAAUGAAAAUAAAAAAUGGCGUUGUGUGAAGAAUGAGAAAGGUCGAGUACUCCCAUAAUAAUUAAUAAUAUUUUUUUUAUUAUAUUAUAGUAUUCUUCCCGUGUAUAAAAUUAGAUUAGAUUUUGCGUGAAAGAGUAACAAACACACACACAUUUACAAUAUUAGUAGGAUUGGUUUGAAAAAUGUCUAUAAAUAGUUGUAACGCAAAACGGGCAAUGCGUAAAAUGUACGUUCGUACAAUAGAAAAUGUUUCUUUAAAGAAAAAUUAUUGGAAAACUAACCUAAUUUGCUAAAGAAAUGGUUAUAGAAUUGUAUACUUAGUUAUAAUUACGAAAUCACAGAUUAAAUUUAUUUUAAUUAGAUUUUUGUGUCGUAUUGGUGUCAUGUGGUUGAAUAUGAUAAAAUUGAUAAAAAUAUAAUAUUCGGUUAUUUUUGUAUUGAUGUCUCCUAUUAGAGAGUUUGAGUUUUAGAAACGAAUAUAGAUGUAGUGUAGCGAGGCAAUUCAGAAUUAUAAAUUACAUCUUUCAGUGGAAAUGGUUCUUAAUAUAAUAUGCGAAAAAGAAACAGUAAAUGACAAGAAACUUAUAAAAAACAAAAUACAAUAUUUUUCGAUAUUGGAGACGAUCUUAUAAUUGAACUAUAAUAUAAUUAUGUAAUAAGCUAUCAUUUAACAGGUUUGAACUGCUUUCAAGAAGCUAUUGUAGAGGAGAUUACAAUAUUUUUCACAAAAUAUUAGCUUUUUACAAAGAAUUGUGUCUAGAUUUUCACAAUGUUAGCUGUAAGCGUCAGUAUAUGUGUAGUCAGUUUGUUUAUAAUAUGGAUUCGUUUCAUGCAUCGAGAUCUCUAGUGUAAAGGAAUGAGUUGAUGAGUUCGCGUAUAUAUUUAAAAAAAACUCGUUAGCCGCAGAAAAAAUCAUGUCAAAAUCUUCAACUUGUUUGUUUGACGCACAAUGUUCGUUGCAAAAUGUACACUAAAAUCUAAUAAGAAAAUAUUGGUUUUUGGGCUAAAUGUUUUCUCAUUUUGUUAUCUGCUUAUAUAAAAAAGUACAUCACAAAAUGAUUAUUUCAUUGUACAUUUUGAUUAUUGUACCUUUUGCGUCGAGGUUAAUUAUAUUGUUUUAAUUUUUAUCAUAUCUUUUUUGUAAUAGUUAAACGCUUCGUUUCACAUUUUUUUUUUGGUAUUCUGAAAAACGAUAUUGAUGUUACAUUUCAUUUUGUUGAACCCUAAAAACAGUUAUAGAAAUAUUUCCAGUUUAUAACCAGCAAUAGACCCGUUUUUAAAAGGUCCGCACGAAUUAAUUACAAAUAUUGCCUUUCGCAUAUUAUUUAUUUGAACAUCAGAUCUAACGUAGAUAAAAUUAAAUUAAAACAUCAAUAUAAUAAUAGCUUAAUUCACAAAUAACAUUUUUUGCUACAUUUUACUUCCAUACAAAUAUAAAUAUAAGUUGUUGUUUUACAAGUCGUAGGUAACGUGGUUAACCCACGUUGAAUGGCAACACUUUUUCAUGAUUCAAUAUAUUUGCAGCCGAAUUUCAUAAGUUUUAGACUCCAAUUUUCGUAAAGAAUCAAAAUCAAUUUAUUUACGAAUAUGGUGACAUAUUGUCUUAAUUUUUCAUUAUAAUGAGAAAAUUGUUCGACUGAAUGAAAUAUUUGCAUUUAAUUUGCACGGACCUUAUAUAUUAAGUUAUACAAUUUCGUUACGUUUAUAUAAAAGUUAAUCGUAUUUAUAUUACAGUUUUUUUUUAUAUUGUGAGAAUAUUUGAAAUUUUAUUAUGUAAAUGCAGUGAUUUUUACUCUUGAUUGUAUAACAAUAAGUUUUGGAGAAAUUAUAUUAUGGCUUCCAACAUUAUUAUGUUUGCUGUUUUGUCGACAUGUAGAUAUAUACAGAACUAUACAAUAAACAUGUGUGGUUUGUAAA